CUUGUAAGAUGUAACCAAAUUUCCCACGAAACUCACUCUCUAUCCAUUACUCUAUAAACAAAGAGAGCACACGAAGCAGACCUUUUCUCUUUCUCUCUCACUUUUUCAAGGUACGGUUCAAACCCUAGAAUUUAUAAGUGUUUCAUUGUUUGGGGAUCUUAACACUAUUGGAUUGUUAAGUUUCAUUUGUUUUAUACUUAUAUUUAUGGAUGCAUAGAUAUAAUAUGUGAGUAGUGGGAAUGGGGAAGGGGAGGCCUAGAGCUGUGGAGAAAGGGGUUUUGGUUCAAAACUUCAGUGUACCAUCAUCUGGGUCAUUGCAUAUACCUCCAGCACCAGUUUAUUAUCCUAGUGAAGAGGAAUUUAAGGACCCUUUAGGGUAUAUAUACAAGAUCAGAGCAGAGGCUGAGAAAUAUGGGAUAUGUAAGAUUGUCCCACCAAAGAGCUGGACACCACCAUUUGCAUUGAAUUUGGAUAAUUUUAGCUUUCCCACGAAAACACAGGCUAUUCAUCAGUUACAGGCUAGGCCUGCUUCGUGUGAUUCAAAAACUUUUGAGUUGGAGUACAGGAGGUUUUUGGAGGAUCAUUGUGGUAAGAAGUCGAGGAAGAGGGUGAUUUUUGAAGGGGAAGAGUUGGAUUUGUGUAAAUUGUUUAAUGCUGUGAAGAGGUUUGGUGGGUAUGAUAAAGUUGUGAAGGAGAAGAAGUGGCGGGAGGUUUCCAAAUUUGUGACUUCAGGGAAGAAGAUUUCAGAGUGUGCAAAGCAUGUUUUGUGUCAAUUGUAUUUUGAGCAUCUGUAUGAUUAUGAGAAGUAUUAUAACCGGCUGAAUAAGGGAACGACUAAGAGUUUCAAAAGGGGAGUGGAAGAGGAUAAGAAAUGUCAAGAUAAAGCUGAGAUUUAUGGAUCAAAAAGGAGAAGAAAGAAUGUUGAUGGUGAGAAGGUCAGGGUUUCCAAUAAAGUUGAGAAGGGGGAAGUUGAAGAGCUUGAUCAAAUGUGUGAGCAAUGCAAGAGUGGUUUGCAUGGUGAAGUGAUGCUUUUGUGCGAUAGGUGUAAUAAGGGAUGGCACAUUUAUUGUCUCUCGCCUCCACUAAAGCAAAUCCCUCCUGGGAAUUGGUAUUGCUUUGAAUGCUUGAACUCGGAUAAGGAUAGCUUUGGUUUUGUGCCUGGUAAACGCUUUACGGUGGAAGCUUUUAGGCGUGUUGCUGAACGGGCCAAGAGGAAAUGGUUUGGAUCAGGUUCUGCUUCACGGGUGCAAAUGGAGAAAAAGUUUUGGGAAAUUGUGGAGGGAUCAGCAGGUGAAGUUGAAGUUAUGUAUGGUAGUGAUUUGGAUACUUCAAUUUAUGGGAGUGGAUUUCCACGUGUAAAUGAUCAGAGACCAGAAUCUGUUGAGGCUAAGGUAUGGGAUGAAUAUUGUGUUAGCCCAUGGAAUCUCAAUAACUUGCCCAAGUUGAAAGGAUCAAUGCUUCAAGCUGUUCAUCAUAAUAUAACUGGUGUUAUGGUGCCCUGGCUGUAUAUUGGCAUGCUAUUCUCAUCUUUUUGCUGGCAUUUUGAAGAUCACUGUUUUUACUCUAUGAAUUAUCUGCACUGGGGAGAGCCAAAAUGUUGGUACAGUGUACCUGGUAAUGAAGUCAAUUCUUUUGAGAAGGUGAUGCGGAAUUGUCUUCCUGAUCUUUUUGAUGCACAACCAGAUCUACUCUUUCAGCUUGUCACAAUGUUGAACCCAUCUGUCUUGCAAGAAAAUGGAGUUCCAGUCUAUAGUGUACUGCAGGAGCCUGGAAAUUUUGUCAUCACCUUCCCCAGGUCUUAUCAUGGAGGAUUCAAUUUUGGUUUGAAUUGUGCAGAAGCUGUCAAUUUUGCUCCUGCUGACUGGCUACCUCAUGGUGGGUUUGGAGCAGAUAGGUAUCAGAUGUAUCAUAAAACUGCUGUUUUAUCUCAUGAGGAACUUCUUUGCGUGGUAGCUAAGUUUGGCAAUUGUGAUAACCAAGUAUCACCUUAUUUGAAGAAAGAAUUACUGAGGAUAUAUACUAAAGAGAAGACCGGGAGAGAGAGACUUUGGAGAAGUGGCAUUGUCAAAUCAUCUCUCAUGCCCUGUCGGAAAUGUCCUGAAUAUGUUGGUACUGAAGAGGAUCCAACAUGCAUUAUUUGCAAGCAGUAUCUUUAUCUUUCUGCGGUUGUUUGUAAUUGUAGGCCAUCUGCAUACAUAUGCCUGGAGCAUUGGGAGCACAUUUGUGAAUGCAAAUCCAGCAGACUUUGCCUUCUUUAUCGUUAUACGCUUGCAGAAUUGUAUGGUUUGCUGCUUAAAGUGGAUAAGUGUGGUUCUGACGAGAAAUCAGAGAGUUAUAGCUUACAAAGGCAAAACGCCCGUUCCAAUGAGAUGAAUGUCUUGACAAAGAAGGUCAAAGGUGGCCAUGUCAGUCUGGCUCAACUUGCUGAGCAAUGGCUUUUGCGCUCCUGCAAGACUUUUCAGAAUGCAUACUGUAGUGAUGCAUUUGCUACGCUGCUGAAGGAAGCUGAACAAUUUCUUUGGGCUGGUUCUGAGAUGAAUCCAGUGAGAGACAUGGCAAAGAAAUUGAUUGUAGCUCAGAAAUGGGCAGAAGGAAUAAGAGAUUGCCUUUCUAAAGUUGAAAACUGGUCAUGUCACUGCAGUUUUGAGAGAGUGCACAUGGAUUAUAUCAAUGAAUUGCUGGAUUUUGAUCCUGUGCCCUGUAAUGAGCCUGGGCAUCUCAAAUUGAAGAAGCAUGCAGAAGAAGCCAGGCUGUUGAUUCAGGAAUUUGAUUCUGUUUUAUCAUCAUGUUCAAAAAUCUCCGAGUUGGAAUUGUUGUGCUCAAAAGUUUGUGAUUUCCCAAUCUAUAUAAAAGAAAGUGAGAAAUUACUUCAGAAAAUUUCAUCGGCAAAGGCAUGGACAGAAUGCGCAAAGAAAUGCAUCUCAGAAAAAGGUUCUGCUGCAGUUAGUAUUGAUAUGCUUUACAAGUUGAAGUCAGAGAUAUCAGAGCUUCAAGUAAGGCUUCCUGAAGCAGAAAUGCUUUUGGAUCUGUUAAGAGAUGCUGAAUUAUGUCAGGCUCAGUGUAGUGAAAUUUUGAAAGUUCCUAUUAGUCUAAACAAUGUUGAAGGGCUACUUCGAGAAUGGGAUAAAUUUACUGUUAAUGUACCAGAGUUGAUGCUACUGAAGCAAUAUCACCUUGAUGCUGUUUCAUGGAUUGCCCGUUGUGAUGAUGUUUUGGUGAAUGUUGGUCAACAGGAAGAUCAAGACAAUGUGGUUGAUGAAUUAGAAUGCCUUCUGAAAGAUGGAGCAUCUUUGAGAAUUCAAGUUGAGAAGCUGUCUCUUAUUGAGGUUGAGUUGAAGAAGGCUUGUUGCAGGAAGAAAGCUUUGAAGGCACGCAAUUCCAAAAUGCCCUUGGACUUCAUUCAGCAACUUAUGAUGGAUGCUACUGCGCUACAGAUUGAGAGCGAGAAGUUAUUUGUUGAUGUAUGCGGAGUGCUUGCAGCUGCCUUGUCUUGGGAAGAAGAAGCAGCAAAAGUUCUUGAACAUGGAGCAGAAAUGUCUGACUUUGAGGACAUUAUAAGGAGUGCCAAAGACAUAUCUGUGAUUUUACCUACUUUAAAUGAUGUCAAAGAUGCUGUGGUAAUGGCCAAGUUAUGGGUAAAGAAUUCAGAGACAUUUUUAGGGUCUUCCUCUCGCAUGGAAUCUGGCACUUGUUCUUUGCUUAAACUUGAGGACCUGAAGGACUUAGUUUUGCAGUCCAAGUUACUUAAAAUAACUUUAGAUGAAAGAAGAAUGCUUGAAAUAAUUUUAAAGAAUUGUGAGGAAUGGAAGCAGGUUGCCUGCAAUGCAUUGCAGGAUGCAGGGUGCAUAUUGAGUACAAGUUAUGUUGGUGAUGGAAAGAACAGUGAUCUUACAAUGAGAAUUGGGCUUUCAGUUACUAGAAUAGAAUCCAUCACAAAAGCUGGUCUAUCUCUUGGUUUUGACUUCCUUGAGAUUCCAAAACUUCAGAAUGCUUGUUCUAUGCUGCAAUGGUGCAAUAGGGCCCUUUCUUUGUGCUAUGCUGCUCCUUCCUUUGAGGAUGUUGAGAGCUUGUUGGAGGCUUCAGAGAAUCUCUCUAUUACAUGUGUUCCUAGUUCUCUGUGGAGCUCUUUAAUUGGUGGGGUUAAAUGGCUCGGGAAAGCCUUGGAGUUAAUUCAUAUGCGAAGUAAUUUUGAAAGAUGCAGGUUGAGUGAGGCAGAAGAAGUUCUUGCGAAAUCUCAGAGUUUAAAUGUCUCCUUUCCAAUGGUGGUUGAUCAACUGGUAAAUGCUAUUCAGAAACACAAGUUGUGGCAAGAGCAAGUGGAUCAAUUUUUUCAUCUUAAGGCUGAGGAACGUUCUUGGUCUCUGUUACUAGAACUUGAGGAAUUUGGGAAGGCUGGCGCAUUUAGUUGUUCUGAGCUAGAUAUGGUUUCAUCUGAAGUUCAAAAAGUUGAAAAGUGGAAGGAACAAUGUGUGGAGAUUUUAGGAAUCCUUGUAGAUGAUGGGCAUCCUUUGCUUGGUGCCUUACAAAAGAUCAAACAUUCUCUGGAUAUAUCCCUGUACAUCUAUGGCAAGUUGCAGAGCUUUACAGCGAGAAACUUAUUCUUGUGUUGCACUGGGAAUAGUGAAGAUCAAGAGUUUUUAACUUGUUCAACAUGCAAAGACCACUACCAUACGCGGUGCCUAGAGCCAGCAUCACUUGAUGUGAAUGAUGCAGAAGUCUAUAUUUGCCCUUAUUGUCAUUUUUGUGAGGAUCCAUCAAUGAUUCAAAAUGAGAGACAUGGGGUGAGGCAACCUGAGUUAAAUAUGCUGAUCAAACAUUUAUCUGAUGCAGAACAUUUCUCUCUAGGGAUUGAAGAAAUAGAUUCAUUACGACAGGUUGUGGAGCAAGCUCGGGAAUGCAAAACAUGCUUGAGAGAAAUAUUGGAUUUUGAAUUAUCGUAUUUGGGGAAAGAUCUUAAUGUUAUCUCUAAAAAAAUGAUUAUUGCUUUGAAGGUCAUGCGAGUAGCAGGUGUUCAUGAUCAUCAAGGUAACUAUGGCCUUGAACAGGCGUUAGCAAGAAAUUCCUGGAGAGUGAAGUCUAAGAGAUUAUUAGAGAGUAUACAGAAGCCCACAAUGCAACAGAUUGAGCAGCUUAUGAAAGAGGGACUGGCUGUGAAUAUACCUGCUGAAGAUUACUUCCUACAAAAAGUCACAGAGUUAAAGCACAUUGGUUUGCAGUGGGCAGAUCGUGCCAAGAAGGUCGCAUCGGAUUCUGGGGCUCUUGGUUUGGAUCAAGUUUUUGAACUUAUUUCAGAAGUUGAAAAUUUGCCGGUUUACUUGGAGAAGGAACUGAAGUUAUUGAGAACUCGAAGUAUGGUGUACUGCAUUUGUCGGAAACCAUAUGAUGAUAGACCAAAAGUUACUUGUGAUCGAUGUGAUGAGUGGUAUCAUUUUGAUUGUAUUAAGUUACUCUGCCCUCCAAAGAUCUAUGUUUGCGCUGCAUGUGAACCUGAAAAAAUGGAGUUAUCUCCAUCAUCGCAAAUGGAUAAUGAGAGAUUGACAAGUGCCAAGCCUGUAGAACCAAAAAAACUUUCUCCACAGCACACAGAAUGGAAAAAGAAGCCCCUUGAGACCAAGUUUACAACUAGUAAUAGCAAAUUUGUUCGAACAAGUGGAAUUGAUCGAUUGUGGUGGCGAAACAGGAAGCCUUUUAGAAGAGAGGCCAAAAAAAGGGCUGAGCUUGAAAGUCUUUCUCCAUUUUUUCAUAUACAACAACAAUAAAGGAAGAAAUUAGAUAUUGGUAGUUAUCAAUCAUUUAAUUUAUUCAAUUGAUUCCUAUUUCCAUUCCAAUAAAAUCGAUUUCAUUA